UGGCGGCUUUCCUCACUGAGGCGCUAGCAACACGACCCCUGGCCACGUCUCAAACGACACUUUGGACACAACAGGACCCACACAAGGCGGUGCGGAGGUUGGCUGCGGACCGGGAAGAAGCGAACACUGGCUUCCAACGUCAAGGCAGCUGUGCGUCUCCAAAAAGCGAAGACCACCACCAAGCAGAUAAAGCAAUCUCCAAUCAAUCAUGCCUCACAGAGUGAAACUCAGCACUAUGGUGUUUCUAGUGAUACUGCAGGGAGCGGCGGUAGUCCUCUUCUGUGGCUGGUACGUCCCGCUCAGCAGCCCCUGUGGCUCCGCACCCUCUGAUGGGAAAGUUCAUGUGCUGCUGCUGUCAUCGUGGAGAUCGGGUUCCUCCUUUGUGGGUCAGGUGUUCAGUCAGCACCCGUCUGUCUUCUACCUCAUGGAGCCUGCUUGGCAUGUCUGGACCAAAUUGAGGAACACAGGCGCACAUGCGCUGCGAAUGGCUGUCAGGGAUCUUGUGCGUAGCGUGUUCCGGUGCGAUUUGUCCGUGAUGGAGGCCUACCUACCGGAGCGCCACAACAUAUCCUCUUUGUUUAUGUGGAGUCACAGUCGAGCACUGUGCUCGCUGCCGGCCUGCCCCCUCACCCCACGUGGCCAUAUCAGCAAUCAAACGCAAUGCCUUCACUCGUGUGAUGAAAGUGGCCUGCAGGGGGCGCAGGAGGCCUGCGCAACUUACAGUCACGUCGUGUUGAAAGAGGUGCGAUUCUUUGAACUGGAAUCCCUCUAUCCUCUCUUUCAGGAUCCAAGCCUCGACCUCCGCGUCAUUCAUCUGGUUCGAGAUCCACGGGCUGUCUUGCGGUCUAGAGAGGAGUCAGCCAGAGCAUUUGUUAGCGACAACGCUGUUGUCUUGGAGCAGAGAAACGUACCGGCGGCUGAGGUACAGUAUCAAGUCAUGCAGGAGAUUUGCCGUAGCCACGUGCGUGUCUCCGAAAGGGCCCUCCGGAAGUCCCCGCCAUUUCUCAAAGGCCGCUACAAACUAGUGCGUUACGAGGAUGUGGCGAGAAAUCCACUGCAGGAGAUCACCGCCAUGUAUGAGUUUGUCGGACUGGACAUGACCGUGCAGCUGAAAGAAUGGAUUCAUCAGCUGACCCACGGAAAAGGUAAAGGUUCUGGGAAGGAGGCCUUCAAAAUCACUUCAAGAAACGCUGCAGAUGUCUCCCAGGCUUGGCGCACAACGCUGACACACAGUAAGGUCAAGCGUGUCCAGGAAGUGUGCCAGGAGGCCAUGUCAAUGCUGGGGUACAGGACAGUUCACAGCGACAAAGAACAGAAGAGACUUGACGUGGAUUUGCUGGUACCACGUGAACCCUACCGCUUCAGCUGGUUGCCAGCCAAAACUGACGACCCUGCUAAAAGUUAAGCGUGCACCGGUACGACACCAUUCUGGACUCAGGUCACAAACACACGUGGCGUGGCCACUACGUCGCCAUCCGUGACCGUUCCUCCUGACACUUCAGUUUCAUAACCACCCCCUGUCAUAAAUCAGUAGAAGGACAAGUCAAACACGCUUGUUAAUAAAGACGUGUUAUUUUCAUUCAUGCCAAUUCUGAGCUUUCUAGCACCAAAACAUUCAGGCCAUUUGAGACAUUCUGAAAAGGCACUUUUUGGGGGGGGGGAUUCCGCAUUUUUUCCAUCUCAGAAUUUCAUUUUCUACCCCAUUCAAACCAAUCCAAUAUAAAAACAGUUACCUCAGUCAGCACAUUUGGACUCAUAAUUUUCUUAACUCCAAGAAUAUCCUACUUUUCCCCGAACUCAAAUGCCCGUUGAUCUUGGUAAAUCGUCCGUCUUCCGUGCUUUUUUUCUAGUUGUUCAACAUCAGGACAUUUAUUGUGCACUUGUUAAAGAACCCAAUUUUUCCUGGAAUUCCACAUGUUUCUGGUGUUUUCUCACAUUUCCCAUCCCAUUCCAACAGGAAAAUACAGUAUUUAGCUCAUUCAGGACAUUUAUUUCCCACAACCUAAAACAAAAUUCCAGUUUUUCCCAGAAUUUCACAUUUUUCCAGCCCCAACAUUUUCUGUUAAAAUGAAUGGUGUUUUUCCACAACCCAUUCCGAACAUUAAAUCAUUUAGCUCAUUCAGGACAGUUGGACCAACAAUUUUCUAGAUUCCAAGAAUUCCCUCUUUUCACAAAAUUUCACGUUUUCCAAACUCAAAUGCCCUUUGAUCUUUGGAAUUCUUAAUAUGUCCAUGUUUUCCAAUUUGUUAAAACCAUUCCAACAUCAGGACUUACAUUUUGCACUUCUUAAAGAUCUGUUUUUCCUGGAAUUCCACAUUUUUCCAGCGCCACAAUUUCCUGAUGAAAUGAAAGGCGUUUACCCACAUUUCCCUCGCCAUUCCAAUAUAAAAAUAUUCAGCUAGUUCAAGACAUUUAUUUUCCACAUUCUAAAAAAAAAAAAAAAAAAUCCCAUUUUUUCCCAGAAUUCCACAUUUUUCCAGCCCCAAAAUUUCCUAUGUAAAUGAAUGUUGUUGUUUUUUUCACUUUUCCCAACCCAUUGAAAGCUUUCCAACAUUAAAUAAUUUAGCUAUUUCAGGGCAGUCGGAGCAACAAUUUUCUAGAUUCCAAGAUUUCUGCUUUACACAAAAUUUCACAUUUUCCAAAUAGGGAAUUCUUACUACAUCCACAUUUUUUCAAUUUGUUAAAACCCUUCCUACAUUAGGAAAAACGCUUCCUACAUUCCUACAUACUUCCCACAUUCUAAAAAAAAAAAAAAUCCCAGUUGUUCCUCAGAAUUGCACAUUUUUACAACCCCAAAAUUUCCUCUUAAAACGAAUGGUGUUUUUCCACAUUUCCCAACCCAUUGGAAACCAACAUGAAAACAUUUAGCUCAUUCAGGACAGUCAAACCAGCAGUUUUCUAAAUUCCAAGAAUUCCCACUUUACACAAAAUGUCACGUUCCUACAAACCAUUCCAACAUCAGGACAUUUAUUUUCCGCUUUUUAAAGAGGCAUUUUUCCUGGAAUUCCACAUUUUUCCAGCUUCAAUAUUUUCCAUUGAAAUGGUGUUCCUCCACAUUCCCCACUCAUUAAAACUUAAAAAUAUUCCACGCAUUCAGGACAUUUCCCACCUUGUUAAGAAAAUAAAUCCCAAUUUUUUCCAAAAUUCUACAUUUUUCCAGCCCCCAAAUUUCCCAAUCAAAAUGAAUGGUGUUUUUCCACAUUUCUCCAACACACUCGAACCAUUCCAACAUAAAAACAAUUUGCACAUUCAGGACAGUCUAACCAACAAUUUUCUAAACUCCAAGAAUUCCCACAAUUUUCCAAAUACAAAUGCCCUUUGAUCUUGGGAAUUCUUAGUACGGCCACAAUUUUUCCAAUCUGUUAAAACCAUUCCAACAUCAGGACUUUUUCCACAUUCUUUUUCAUAGAAUUCCACAUUUUUCCAGCCCCUUUUUGAAAUGAGUGUUUUUCCACGUUUCCCCAACACGCUCGAAGAAUUCCAACAUCAAAACAUUCAGGCUUCCAGUUUUACCCGCAAAAUCCCCACAUUUUCCCUUCCAGCAUUUCAGUUCAGCUCUUGAGCAUGCACACAGUUUCUAUCCAAAGUGCCUUUUAUACGGUGGGUGAUUAGUAGACGCUUACUGCAUGAGAGGUGUCUGCGGAGCAGAAGUAAGACUGUAAAGUUGGAGUGUUUGAAUUCCCGCUGUCAAUAUUUGUCUUGUGGUGGGUAGCACAGCGAAAGAGAUCAGAAUGUUUCUGGUAUAUAAUUAGUGUCUGUUGAGGUUUGAGUGUGUGUUGUCUGUAGGUCCUACAAUUCAUUAAUGAAAUUGGUCAUUAUUAUAGUUUGUUUCAAGAACAAAUGCAAUAAAAAGAAAUAUGAACCAGGUCCCCACAUUAUUUGCACCACCAUUAAUGAAAUAUUUUCUAUAUGUGACAACACUUGCCUUUCCCAUUUCCCUGAAAACUCUCCAAAUAUGAUGAUCGAAUGUUUACUAUUGUGUAAUAUUAAUAUAUUUGUUAUUACAUGUGUAAAUGUGUCCUGUACAAUGUGAUUGCUGGGUUUGGCUUAUCUGCUGGGAUGUUUUCAUAUUUAUUAUGGAAUUAAUGACUGCAAUAAACA